AUACAAGAGAAUAAUAAGCUUAGGUAAUGUGCAGCUCAUUACCUCAAGCCACGGUCAGGCGUCCACAUAAACUGCCUGCAACGUCAGGCAUGAAACCGUUGGAGCCUCAGCCACGUUCGUCAUUGCAUCACUUACCUAGAAUGUUCUUGCCUGCUGUCUCUUAUUUAUCUUCCUUCCUCUCUUCUGUCUUCAACUUCAUACACAACUCUAUCCUCCCAGUCGAGUAUCACAUUUUAACUGUCUAUAUUUGAGCACAUCAUGCCUCAACACAGUCUCCACCAUUUGAACUGGGUGCUCCCCGUUCGUAUAAUCCAGGCCGUCUUCGCAAUCAUCAUCCUCGGUCUGACCGCAUAUGUUAUCAACGUCGAACUAAGCUGGUCAUGGUACUCCUCCGACACCGUCAACUUCAACCUCUUCAACUCCGUCUGGACCCUCGUCGUCGCCCUGCCGUAUCUUUCAUUGGUGCCUAUUUUCUUCUCGAAUCUAUCGCACCACUACGCUGUUCUGGCGAUUGAGAUUGUUACCAUGAUCUUCUGGUUUGCUGGAUUUAUUGCCUUAGGCGCUUUGUUGCCGCCUGCUAGGGCGUGUCAUGGAAGUGUCUGUGAUUCGUUGCAGGCUGCUACUGUUUUUGGGGCUUUUGAAUGGCUGCUUUUUGCCAUCACGACUGCAUUCACCAUCCGUCUUGCGCUUCAGUCGUCGAGGAAUGACGCCGGCGCGGUCCAUGCAAAGACUUCGGGAGUUCAGACUGCUCAAGUCUAGCCAGAAACUUAUAUGAGCAUGUGGAAUGAUGAAUCACAGACGAGGAAUGUUGGCUUUUGGCUUCUUUUGUUUUGCUUCUAAUAUUCGAAUACCCUCUAGUUUAGGUUUUAUAUCCCCUGAUCAUUGCUUUAUCUGCGUUAUUUGCGUUACUGACUUAUGAUGAUUACGAUGAUGACUGUAUGCUUAUACCGUUGUUUUGAAUGCUGAAUUACUGGAUUAUGCUUCAAGCUAUAUCACACAUCGAUGUGACAAUAUAUGUUUCAGUUGCCUUUACUAAUAUCAACUUGUACCAAUGACUCG